ACAACCAUUCCCUAUCAGUAUCAUCAAAAUCAUCUCUUUUAAUCUCUUCGAGCCUUCAGCCCAUUUCGUGCCAUCUCUUUCUACACUCUUUAUCCUUUACCUUCAUUUACGAAAAAAAGUGUGACGUAGUGAAUUGAUACGUUUGAAUAAGUGCGUCGCGAAGACAUUAUCUAAAGUUCGCGGAAAUUCGCGUAUUGGUCUAUUCGUAACAAGUGAAGAAUUAGUCCGCAACCGAAAAUACAGGAAGUGCAAAAUAGUGGCCAAGGCUGGAAUCGUCAAGUCGUCCCUAAAGUGGACCUCGAGUAUCGAAAGAUGUACUGGACCAAUGAACAAUACAAAUGGACAAGAGAUAAGCAGACGAGAAUCCUGGGGAUUUAAGAUGUCCCGCAGUCACAAGGACAAGUAUGAAAACUCCAACCCACGUCGCACGCACACUAUUAUGUCCACGGAGGAUGCAAACUCUGGGAAGAAAUCUUAUUGGCCGGAGUUGGAGAUAACAGGCAGUAUAAGAAAUCUGAGCCCAAAUUUAUGGCAGUUGACACAUCUGACUGCAUUAUAUUUGAAUGAUAAUAGUCUGCAAAGGAUACCAUCCGAAAUAGGCCGUUUAAUCAACCUACGCGCCUUAGAUCUUAGCAGUAACAAGCUUCGCAGCUUGCCUGCAGAGCUGGGAGACCUCAUCUAUCUCAGGGAGUUAUUGUUGAAUCAAAACUACCUUCGCGUACUACCAUACGAGUUAGGCAAGUUGUUCCAGUUACAAGUGCUUGGACUACAUGGUAAUCCACUCAGCAAGGAGGUGAUGACGCUGUACGGAGAGCCAUCGGGAACGCACAAGCUGUUGUCUUAUAUGCUCGACAAUUUACAAGUCACGGCAAAUCAUCCACCUCAAAGACCGUGGAUUCCUUUGACCAGGCCCAACAGGACAAGGCCCACUUGUAUAUUCACGGUCAUGUGCUACAACGUGCUGUGCGACAAAUACGCAACGCGGCAAAUGUACGGAUACUGUCCGAGCUGGGCGCUCGAUUGGGAGUAUCGAAAAAAGUGCAUCCUCGACGAGAUAAAGCAUUACGCCGCCGACAUCAUCAGCCUUCAGGAGGUCGAGACCGAUCAGUUCUACAAUUUCUUCCUGCCCGAGCUCAAGCACGAGGGCUACGACGGGAUAUUCUCUCCGAAGUCCCGAGCGAAGACGAUGGCGGAAAACGAUCGGAAGUACGUCGACGGAUGCGCCAUUUUUUACAGAACGGCCAAAUUUACGCUAAUAAAGGAACAUUUAGUGGAAUUUAAUCAACUUGCCAUGGCUAAUGCGGAAGGUUCAGACAACAUGUUGAAUAGAGUCAUGCCAAAGGACAAUAUCGGUUUGGCAGCCCUACUUAGGACAAAGGAGGCCGCAUGGGAUAAUGGCCUUCCCUCGGAUCCAGCACAAGUUCAGCAACCUAUCUUAGUUUGCACAGCGCACAUUCACUGGGAUCCUGAGUUCUGCGAUGUCAAACUAAUUCAAACAAUGAUGUUAAGUAACGAAUUGCGUUCCAUUCUAGACCAAGCAGGCCAAUCAUUUAGACCUGGUCACAAACCUGACUCUUCUAAUGUUCAAUUACUGCUCUGCGGUGACUUCAACUCUUUACCUGACUCUGGAGUGAUCGAGUUUCUGACAUCUGGACGGGUGGCAUCAGAUCACCGUGACUUUAAAGAGUUGGCUUAUAAAUCAUGCUUACAAAAGAUCUCUGGCUGCGACAAGCCUAAUGAAUUUACACACUCGUUCAAACUUGCGUCGGCAUACAGCGAAGAUAUCAUGCCCUAUACGAACUAUACAUUUGACUUCAAAGGAAUAAUAGACUACAUUUUCUACUCGAAGCAGAGCAUGGUACCUCUGGGACUUCUAGGCCCCUUGAGUGCUGACUGGUUUAGAGAACACAAAGUGGUUGGCUGUCCUCAUCCCCAUGUACCAUCCGAUCACUUUCCUCUAUUAGUUGAACUGGAAAUGACGCCAACAGUAGGAACCAGCAACGGUUUGAUCUCACGCAGGUAGCAGCCGCUGCGAUCUAGGCCCAAGUAACAAUAAGGAAAAUAAUAAAUAAUAACGAUAAUGAAAGCCCUAUCGCUCCUUCUCUUACAUUCUGGCUCUAGCAAUACCACUCGCCGUCGACUAUUAUUACUCUAUAAUAGCGAAUACUACAAUACUCCACAUUGCCGCACAUUCAAAAAACCGACAGAUACUGAUAAACAAUUCUUAUGACCAGGUGAAGGGAGCCGUGUUGUAAUGCGUUUAGCCCAUGUAUAGUGUAUUGCAUUUUUAAGAAGUAACUUUCCCAUACUAAGGAUAUCGUAAUGUCUAUUAUCAUGGUAAUAUGUAGAUACCUAUUUUCCUACAAAAAAAGAUGAUAAACAAAAAAAGAUGAAGAUGAUAUUCCGAUCAAGCCUCUGUGAUAUUGACAUUAACAAUUGGAACAAUUUCACAUAUUUAUUAACAAAUAUUAGCGUCUACUAGUUGAAGUCCUGACCUCUUCCUAAAUGUCAUUACAACAUUCUCCAAGCCAACUUUUUGAUAUGAAUGCUGCCAUCCACUGAGAAAUUGUAUUUUUAAACAAAACGAAGACAAAAAAAAUAUAAAAACAUACACGCUAUACUGGGCUGUGCGAAGUGAUUGGAGUUGACUUAACAAUUUCAAUGCAAGUACAAAUCUGUUCUUAUUGGCCACGUAUAUUGAUAAUGAUAAUGUUAUAUAAGGAAAUAGGUAAUAUUGUAGCGAGUGUAUUUGUAAGUAUGAUAAUGUAAUGAUGUUCACGUAUCAUAGUGUCGUAAUACUUCAGUUGACAUUCACUCAUUAGCAAUUGUUCAGUUCCAUUUAUUAAUGUAUACCGUAUCGAUUAUCUACUACUUGCUCAUUCAGUUGCGAAAUGGCGACUCUACGUUUCUUAAGUAAUUUUGAACAUUCGCUCGCCAGUUUCAGCUUUGACUACCCUAGCGAAAUUGCAAUCUUUCUUUCUUUUCACAAUCUACUCUUCCUAAUCACACGUGCAAUCAAACGAGCGACUUCUGUCUUAAAAAAAAAAAACUUAAUGAGGAUCCCUGAGAUAGUCGAGAGAGAAAUUUAUAUUUUUUACCUACAGAGCCACGUGCAAUAUUAUUAUAUAAAUUUGGAAUUUCGGAUCAUAGGAAAUCGGAAUGUCAGUGUCUUGGAUUAAGUGAAUGGAAUAAUUGUAAGUGAUCGGCACAAUUUAUUUUGCAAUUCGGAUUAUAAUAUAUUUCAGAUUUCAAUAAUUAAGAGAUACAGCGGUAUUCACUAACUUGUAAUAUUUAAUCCUUGAAGGAAUACGUAUAUCGAAUCACUAAGCUUCAUGAACACUAACGUUCUCCAUUGAUGCUGUUGAUUUUUUUUAACGACGUUCGGCUCAGGUGUAGUGAAAGCCGUACGAAUGAUUUUCUAAUGCGCCGUCGACGGCCUUAAUGGACAACUGAAUAAAGCAAGUAGUAAAAAGGAUGAGGUUUCUUCAUGCCGUAAUUGUAGUAAAUGUUGUAUAAAGUAGGUAAUUGCAUUUUAGUUUUAAUGAACAACUGUAGGGUUGAUAAUUCUGUAUUUAUAUAUUGAAUUUGUCGAAUGUGUUUGAAAUAUUUUUCUUAUGUCAAUGCAUAUUGUAAUGUUUCUCCGACAAGACACACCAAACUGAAACUAGCUUUCUAAAUGAUCUUUGGCCUAAUUUCACGUGACGCGCCGAGUGUCAUUUAUCAAUCACGAAAUUCAAUAUAGUUUUCAAUUGAAACGCUUCCUCGGAUGGCAAUGAAUGCAAACACGACACAUCGAUCGUUCUUGCCAAUUGGCAAGAUCUUUUUUGUUAUCAGUAUAUAUAUAAAUGUCGACGGUCGAUUUCUCAGAGAAAAAUAUCAGUCCCGGUCUAGUCUUUUUUUUUUUCUUUGUAAAAGAAAAAGACUAGAUAUAUACUUUUAUCUUGUCAUCCGUCAUCACUCUUGUAUCCAGUUGAGUCGUAUGAUUUUUUGUUUUUCAAAAAAAAAAAAAAAACUGCCGAUACUUCAUUGAUAUUCGGAACAAUGAAAUUGUUCGUCGCUAAAAUGCCUAUGCUUUUCGUAUACUGUGUGAAUUUCAGUGCGCAUCGACGUAAUAAUUACAAUUUAAUUUACCGUUACCAUUAGGAAACGCGUGACAAUGUGAUUGAAACAAUAUUGCCUUUCGUCCGAACCAUUCCGAACAUUAUUAUAACAUACGUAUUAAUGAACUGGCAUAAGAAGACUUUGCGCUACGCCCAAUGGCAAUCGUGAUCUUUUACGUUGUACGUCCUCGAAAAUAUUUUGUCCUGCGUAUGCGUGCGUUGUCGUAAUAAAUGUAGACAAAUUUUCAAAAGGACCAGGCAGUACCGAUGUCACUGAAAAAAAAUGAUUGGUCAUCUAAGGGCGAAAAAAGAAACUCGAUUUUCAUUGUAAAUCUAACCUAAACCGUAUAGUUGCACGUACACGGGACAAGCGAACGAUAGUUUAAUUUGAAAUAAACGUAGCAACCGCUGCCGUACGUUGACCAGGUGCCAAAUUAGUGCAGCACGCAAAGGCAAGGAAGUAUUUCCGAAAAAGGACAAAUACCCAACAACCGAGAAUAACCACCGAGACUUACGAAGCUUAACGAGAUAUCACGUUACAUUCGAUUACCUUACAAUUAGCAUGUUACGUUAUAAGAAUAUUCCUGUCGAACCUAUUGUUAGUGAUAGAGGGAGGGUGGCUGGGUGGAUGGGGGGAUAAUUAAGUGAUGAUAAACCAAAUGAUUGGCACGGGAGAGCAUAUGGGUAUUAACGAAAAAGUUUCUAUUGCGAAGGAAUGCGUGUACUAUAUUCCAUUGAGGAUAACAGUAAUUAUUAUUCGUUAACGAGUCGACUUUUUUUUUUUUUAAUAUUUAGAUAUACGCAGUUGUUCUCUUAUUUUUUUUUCAAUUUAUAUUGUACAACAAUCGCCACAUUGUGAUUGCGAGGCAAAAAUGCUUAAUGACUUAGGGCUUAGAAAUUUAACACGUGGGAUUCGUCAGGACUAUGUGCCUUCGAUGAAUCAUUAUAUUACUCUAUAAUUUUUAUAAGUAUAUGCACGCAUACAGGGUGUUUCGUUGGACGUGUCAGAUUAAGAAUUUUGAGCUGAUCCCAGCAAAGUCAUAGCCCCAUGCACCCCCAUUAUUUUUUACUCCUACAGUUUGACGGUGGUGGGAGUUUAGUCACAUUUCCCACUUGUUGAACUUAUUUAAAUCUCUUUAAUAGUGGGGAACGAGCGUGGGCUGUCACUUUGCUCGAAAAAAGCCUCUGUAAGUCCAUUCGACUCGUUUUACGGAACGCCCUGUAUAGCGACGAAAGAUCAGUCUACGGACUUGCUCCGGAAUUCAUCAGUGGCUCUGAAUAAGUCUUGCGAUUGUCGCCGUUAGCCGUUAGCCGAGCUGUCGAGCUUCAGGAUUAAUGAUUAAUACGUCUCUCUGUCCCAAGUGGCAAAGUCUGAAGGUACCUUGAUCAUAGCGUCAUACUAUAGAGAAUUUCAAAGUUACGUUACGUCAUUGCUUGCAUUCUGUUUGAAGAUAUUUGAUUUUCCUUCUCUCUUUCUUUUUUUUUUUUGUCAACCUGAAAUACAUUCGGUUACUUGUUACUCGUUAUAUAUCAUUAAGGAGAUAUAUCAUUAAUUAAUGCCGUGACCUUUGUACCCAGAGUCCUUUUCACACUGCCGAAAUUAUAAGCAUAAUAAUGCGAAAAUUCGCAAUCGUUGACUGGAAUGGAAAUGAAAUUUUUUUACGAACGACUUGUCGACGACAAAGAAAAUUUCUGCGAUAUCAUUUUAUUCUGUCAGUGACGCGCGCUCCGUGUACUGCGUUUUAAUGCAGACUUUUUAUUAUUAUUUUUAUUCGAUUGAAAUUACGAAUUUUCGUAUUCGCAUGCUCGUCUAUUAUCUUAGUAUUUACGUUUCGCACGGUCCGACGAAUCGGAGAAGGCAAAAGGUGAUUUCGCAAUUCUGGAGAAAUGUAAAUUUGCACGAUUGGUGGAGGAAACGAAAAUUGGAGCGCUCGUUGGUAUUAGCGUUGAUUACCGAUUGGCAUGAUUUUGAAUUCGCAUAAUCUAAUUGGCACAUUGGCCAAGGGGUCAUUGUGUGAUUUUACUUUACGGUACGUUAGUUAACGUCUUAGGAUAUCCGAACGUCUUCUUGCACUGUGUCGGCUGUCAAUAAAUUCGUUAAUUAAUCAAAUAAAAUAACGAGCCUCGACAGCAACUGCGAUUUCUAGGGAUUAAUCGACUUUUCUUUGCUUUUACAAUUAAUUGUAAUAUAACUGAACGCUGUAUGUUACUUUGGUAAAGCAAAUAUCGUGUAUUGUAUUGUCGUUACAUUACGCUUUCUGGAUAAGUUUGAUGAAUCGUAUCAAUAAUUAGUAUUAAUCAUUGCUUGAUUCGUGAUUCGGUAAAAUCUCAUCUGACAGACCCAUAUGAAAUGGAUGCUGAGGCAAAAUUUCAAAAAAAAAAAAAAAAUUAUUAACCCGCUUUGAGCAAAAAAAAAGACUUGAUUAACGAAAAAAAAAUUGUAUUAAGGAUAAUUUUGACAGACAUUUUUUUUUUAUUAUCACCAACAAAUAAGAGUAAUUGUUCGAAAAAAAACUGCCAAUUACAAUCAGCUUGAAAUUCACGAUAAUAAUAAUACCCGUUACUUGAGCAAUCUUAAGAAUUACUAUCGUCCUCAUAGUCUACAUGGGAAAUCAGCGAGUACUUUGCAAACGGUCUAAAAAAAAAAUAAGUCAUUAACCAACUAUACGACCCUGAUAAUUCAUAUAUCCAAAUACGCUAAUAACUUCGAAUACACAACCAGCGAUCCAUUUCUGAUAACGUUAAACUCCAACCCGAAGCAAACUACACUUUUCAUCGUCAUAUUCACCCCUUUCUCCCAAAUCACGACUAUGAUGACGGUUUAUAUAAAUUAAAAAAAAAAAAAAAAAGAAAAAUUAUACUAACACACGUGACCUCGUUCAUCG